AACGUGCUUUUCACACAAGACCAACAAAAUGCGUGUUCAUUGUUUCAUUGGUAAACAAAAAUAUCUUAUACUGGUAGAAGCUUUGAAUCGCUUAGUUUCGUAGUUUUUUCUGUUUACGUUGUUGACUGGCGAAUCGUCAACGGAUCCGCUUAAUGAGCCUAUGAUGAAAAAUUAUCGCCACAGAAUUGUUUUUCUCCUCUCUUCAAGGGAUAAAUAACAUAUUGUGCCGCUCCUAACUUUCUUCAACAUCACUAGCGCCGAGCUUUUCAUCCUGAUUUUCAAGCAAACAGAUUGUGUUGUCCAAAAUUGUCAUCCAACGUUCAUAGCAUCAAGGAUAAUCAAAUGCAGCAAAUGGCUCAGAAAGAUGAUGGAUUAGACCUAAGUGGAGUUACAAGAAAGCACCUAGAGGAUGAAAUAACCCGACAACUGCAAACAGAUUUCAAAUACAAGGGAAACAUCAGUGGGUUACCGGGAAGUGGCCAAAAGGACCAGGAAAAAGAAAUGUUUUUAAAAGCAGAACUUGGACAAAAGAACAACCCAAAAAGGAAGUAACAAAACAGGAACAUUUCAACGGCAACAAAUGGCACUGAACGAUGAGGAGCUAGACCUCAGUGGAGUUACAAGAAAGCACAAAGAAGAUGAAAUAACCCGAAAACAGCAAACAGCUAACAAAUCCCAAGAAAAACCUAGCUGGUUAUCAGAUAGCAACCUGGAAAACCAGGAAGAAAACCAGGGUUUGGGAUUGUGGAUUGCAUUUACUACUAUUUUUGACGAGGCAGUUUUUCUAAAUUCAGUGUCGUUAUCAACUUUUGUUUUGAAGAGUUUGAUUGAAACCAGCCAUAAAAGUGAAAAAGCUGGUGAGUGGAGGAUUUUUUAUCCUCUCAUAUCUAGAGAACUACGCUAUCUCACAGCAGAUGUAAUACCGAAUUUGAGUUUCUUUCAACGGACAACACCUGUUCCUCACCAUAUCCGCCUUCUGGUUAGCAGCUUAUAUAAACCUAUGAAACAAGCCGUUAAAUUAACGGGAGACAUGAUUCCAACCUCUAUCAUAAAACGUGAAACUGGAUUGUUUCGUGAUGACCCUGAUCAAAGUCUUGAACAGAAUGUGAACACAAUUAUCGAUACCAUCAACAAACUCACCAGAAAACGCGAAUAUACAGCGAAAAACAUUCAGAUGGAACUGGCCCAUCCAAAAUUGAAAGUAUCUCAGGCAAAAUUGGAUGAGCAAAUUCAACCAGAUGUAGAAAUUUUCAUACCGCAAACUGCGAAGCGCCUUUAUAGACAAUACGAAAUGCGUGUUUUCGAAGAAUUCAAAUUCAGCGAAAUUUUCAAACAAGAUUUUCAAAGUUUGAAUUUGAGCGCUGAAGACCUGAUUCUGAUACUUCACGAAAUUUUGAAAUUGCAACAGAAUAAUUUGUUAAACUGUGAAACGCAGCUGACAAACUAUUUACACCAGAGCAAUUUAAACGAAAGGCUACUCCUCGAUUUUGCGUUUCCAUACAUGCGAGAUGAAAUUCAAUUUAAAAUUAUGCAAUAUCUCAGGGAAUCAAUUGAGAUGCUAGAGAAAGCCAUUGAAAAGGCUCCGGACUCGGCCAACAAAUCAGUUUCAUGUCAACUCCAGUGGAACCUCGACAGGACCACAGAAAAUCUCAAAUUACACGUUAUCGAAAGACUGCUUGCAGUCGAACAAUGCUUUGAGGAAGAGAUUAGUUCAAGGCGAGAAAUGUUGAGCAAGGUAACCUCUGACGACUCGGACGCACUGAAAAAAAAAGUGAAAUCUGAUGGCUCCACGGAAGAAGCAGCUGAUACAGAAGAAAAAGAGAAUGUUGAGUUAGGGGAACAAACAUGGAAGUUUCAUUCCACAAAUUUAACUGAAAAAGGGAAGAUAGUUGCAUUCAACUACCGCGAUUCUGAAAAUAAUGAUGGAAACCAAAAGAUUGAAGUUUGUUUUCCUCCAUUCAGCGUACUUGGAACCGUAACAAUCAAUUUCGAGCUGCAGCUCAAUUCAUCUGAACAGUGUGUGACCCCCCUUUUGUACAUGUCUCAACGAAACCACUUGCCCUUUCUCAGAAAAAUAAGCGUCUCAUUACCAUGGAAAAGCUCAGUCAGAAGUCAGAUUGAAAGGAACCCAGCCCAUCUGAACUCAGUCAACUUCCGAAAAGAUGUAGUUUAUCAUGACACAGGAGUAGUUAUUUCCUCCUUUUCGUUUUCGCCAAUUGCGAUUCGCAAAGCGAUCAACAAAACUUUGAGACCCCUAGACGACUAUGACGAGAGGCGUCUGUUUGACAGUUCCAGGAUGUUUUUCCUGAUGAAACAAAAUCCUCGACCCAACCUUGUUGGUCUGCAUGAAUUUAUUCUUGACCUGAGAGCCUUCUAUGAUUGGGCAGAGCAAGAUCAGUUUCGUUGGAAAGAGAAUUGGAACUAUGAGCCAAUCACCUAUGACGAAUCUCAGCCAAACAUUUCUAUUCAAUUGAAAGAAGUUCACUUGCCGAACGCUUCAAUUGAGCUAUUGGACCCGUCUAUAUUGCCGAAAGAAUUUGAGUUCUCAAAACCAAGUGUUGAAUCCAAAAACUCGGAAUCAGGAAACAUCAGAAAGAUGUCGUAUCGUUUCACAAACCUAGAACAGGAACGAAAAUCCGACAAAAAAGAGUGCUUCGAGUUUUCUUUUAUUGGGAAUACAUUUCACUUUGAAAUUCUUAAAGAAGAGAAACUAAAAAACCUAUCCGUCACGCCAGCAAUAUCUGCAACAGAUGUGCAACAGAUUUUGCGGAAAUUGGGCAACAAAUGGAUGGAGUUCCUGCGCAAGGAGUUUUCUAUCAGUCGAAUAUAUUCCAGCGAGCUCUACCUUCUGGAUAUUCAAGAUGCCGUCGUUUCCCGGCUGCGAGAAAAGCCUAUCGACACAAUAAUAUUUUACAAAGAAAUGUUGAGAAAUAGCUACCCAGAAUUGAAUCAGACCUUCACUGAGAUAGAUCCCCAGUUCCAACAAGAAAGAAACGACAAACUUCGUCAAAUUACGUCGUAUCUCAAAAUCGUGUUUAAUUACGAAGCUACGAGAUAUGAAGAUUUGGAGCCCGGUUAUACUGAAAUAAAACAAGUCGUUCUUAGUAGAAUGGGAAUAUGGUCGCACCAAAUUGGUCUUGAGAUCAAAAAUGCAGAAGCAUUGGCUAUCCACAUGGUCAAUAUUGGAGAAGAAAAAUUGAAGACAUGUAUUAAAAAUGCAUGCAUGCAUUUUUAUUUGCUGGGCCACAUUCACAGUUUUUCUCUGGAAUUGCAAAAUUUCCUGAAUCUCGAUGGAGGUGACGAUGCAAAUUAGUAAACUCUCAGCUGAAAUAAAAAAAAUCUGUCGACAUCGAAUUAGUUUUUAAAAUUAUAUGUACAAAUUUUCCGUCAUCUACUCAAUCUAGAAACAAAAAAAGUAUUAAAAUAAAAUUAAUCAAAUCAUUCAAUUUCUGGUAGUUUCUUUCACGCAUAAGCAUUAUUGUCCCGACUUUCGAAGAAAUGCAGAAUAUAAUUUUUAGUUUAUUUUUUUUAGAAUAUUAUUUGUAGCCAUAAUUGGAUGUGUGUUUCAAAACAAUUCUACGCUGAUUUACUUUCAUAUGAAACGUGUGUAUAAAAUGUGCAACAUAAAAUUUUUAUCAAUUGCUUUGGCUGUUAUUAAUUUCACUCACAGCCACUCUAUCGCGUUUUAACAAAAAAUAUCGCAUUGUAUAAUGCCUUCCUUCAUCGGUAUCAGUAAGGUAUCAGUUUUAGCCUUAUUAA